CCCUGCGUCCCCAACAUGACCGAGCGCAGGCGGGACGAGCUGUCUGAAGAGAUCAACAACCUGAGAGAGAAGGUCAUCAGGCAGUCCGAGGAGAACAACAAUCUGCAGAGCCAGGUGCAGAAGCUGACCGAGGAGAACAGCACCCUCCGUGAGCAGGUGGAGGUGGAGCCUGUCCCCGAGGAUGACGAAGACGACAUUGAGCUGCAGGGUGCCGCGGCGGCUGCCGUGCCCACCACCCCCAUCGAGGAAGAGUGCCCCGAAGACCUGCCAGAGAAGUUCGAUGGCAACCCUGACAUGCUGGCUCCCUUCAUGUCCCAGUGCCAGGUCUUCAUGGAGAAGAGCACCCGCGACUUCUCACUUGACCGCGUCCGUGUCUGCUUCGUGACAAGCAUGAUGACCGGCCGUGCUGCCCGCUGGGCCUCUGCCAAGCUGGAGCGAUCCAAUUACCUGAUGCACAACUACCCGGCCUUCAUGAUGGAAAUGAAGCACGUCUUCGAAGACCCUCAGAGGCGGGAGGCUGCCAAACGCAAGAUCAGACGCCUGCGCCAGGGCCUGGGGUCCGUCGUCGAUUAUUCCAACGCCUUCCAGAUGAUCGCCCAGGACCUGGAUUGGAACGAGCCUGCCCUGAUUGACCAGUACCACGAAGGCCUCAGUGACCAGAUUCAGGAGGAGCUGUCCCACAUCGAAGCCCCCAAGACCCUGUCUGCGCUGAUCGGCCAGUGCAUCCACAUCGAGAGAAGGCUGGCCCGGGCUGCUGCUGCUCGCAAGCCGCGCUCCCCACCCCGGGCGCUGGUGUUGCCCAACGCAGGUCACCAGGUGGAUCCGACCGAGCCGGUGGGAGGUGCCCGCAUGCGCCUGACCCAGGAAGAGAAGGAGAGACGCCGAAAGCUGAACCUCUGCCUCUACUGCGGCAACGGAGGGCACUACGCCGACAACUGUCCUGCCAAGGCCUCCAAGAAUUCGCGCGGGAAACUCCCCGGCCCCGCUGUAGAGGGACCUUCAGCGACCGGGCCAGAAUUAAUAAGGUCCCCACAAGAUGAUGCUGUCUCUGCGCCACACCUGCAAGUGAUGCUCCAGAUCCAUCUCCCGGGCAGACACACCCUGUUCGUCCGAGCCAUGAUCGAUUCUGGUGCCUCUGGCAACUUCAUUGAUCAAGAAUACGUCAUACAGAAUGCAAUUCCUGUAAGAGUCAAGGACUGGCCAAUUCUCGUGGAAGCAAUCGACGGGCGCCCCGUGGCAUCCGGCCCCAUUGUCCACGAAACUCACCACCUGUUCGUCGACCUGGGUGAUCACCGAGAGGUGCUGUCAUUCGAUGUGACUCAGUCUCCGUUCUUUCCGGUCGUCCUGGGGGUUCGCUGGCUGACCAUCCAUGACCCCAACAUCACCUGGAGCACCCGAUCAAUCGUCUUCGACUCCGAUUACUGCCGCUACCACUGCCGGAUGUACUCGGCCAUACCUCCACCGCUCCCACCACCACCGGGGCCGCACCCGACCCUUUACUUCCCAGUAGAAGGCGGGUACAGAGUUUACCACCCAGUGAGGUAUUACUAUGUCCAGAAUGUGUACACCCCAGUGGAUCACCACCACUACCCGGAUCACCGGCUGGUCGAUCCUCACAUAGAAAUGAUCCCUGGAGCACACAGCAUCCCCAGUGGACAUGUGUACUCCCUGUCUGAACCGGAAAUGGCUGCUCUCCGAGAUUUCGUGGCGAGAAAUGUGAAGGAUGGGCUCAUCACCCCCACCAUCGCACCCAACGGAGCACAAGUUCUCCAGGUGAAGAGGGGCUGGAAGCUGCAAGUCACUUACAAUUGCCGGGCUCCGAACCACGUCACCAUCCAACAUCAGUACCCUCGCCUGUCUAUUCCAAACCUAGAAGACCAAGCGCACCUGGCCACUUACACUGAAUACGUUCCUCAAGUACAUGGGUACCACUCGUACCCCACCUACGCGUACCCGACCUACCCCGUAGGAUUCGCGUGGUACCCCGUGGGGCGAGAUGGGCAUGGAAGAUCUCUCUACGUACCUGUGAUGGUCACCUGGAAUCCACACUGGUACCGCCAGCCUCCGGUACCCCAGUAUCCGCCGCCGCAGCCGCCGCCGCCGCCGCCACCGCCACCCCCGCCACCACCUUCAUCGUCCUACACCAUGUAAACACCUGUCAUGUCCUCCAGGAACUCCGCCCUCAGAAGUUUAUUCCUGUGCAGCUUCUCAAUCACACCGCUGGACUGUCACCUCAGCCUGUGGAAGGAGCUGAUGCUAAGGCAGGAAAUGUUGAUUUCUUUAUGGAGGGGGAAGUAAAAUGGGGAGGACAUGACCUUUCUUGGAGUUUCGGCACUCUCUUUACAUCAGGGGAGGACCGACGCCUUAUGAGGAAGCCACAGUUAUUGGUGCAGUGUGGGACGGCUUCCGUGAUCCUCUUGCUGCACCCCUUGGAAACUUCACCAUCGUCAAACUCCACUUUCAUGGUUCCGUUAAUAUACAAGGAGCAGCAACUCGACCGGUUCUCCCAGGAGCAGGCAAAACCCCCUGCUAAUUGUAACACCUCAAGCCUGACAAAGGAAGUGCUCUCUCAGACUGACUCUUGUGUGUUAAGAGUGUGCCUUCACAUCCCGGUGCAAAUCACAUGUACCCAAGAACUCUGGCUUUGACAACAUCUUACCAUCACCAUGCCAGUAAUGGCAACACCUCUCAUCAUCUGUGAGGGCUAAAGAGUAGCAAAAGGACACCUGAAUUGUGUACCCAACACUUGAGAGGCUCAGAGGUCAUUGGUACCAACUCCUGCUGGUACUUCAGAGGGUGUUUUCAUGAGCGGCCAUGUGUCUGCCUCCAUAUGCACCUGGGCAUCCCAUCAUCCCCUCAUUGGUCUGUACCAGGAGGAUGCUUGAGAGGGGAAAUGAUUUAGCACCCAGACCACACUCUUGGAAGAGGAGGAAUUAGAGUAGUACUGGGCACUGUCUUGAGGCUAUGGACUUGUAAAAGAUCAGAGUCCGACCUGAAGCUGCCAAUGGAUGACAGGCCUCACCUUUGUGCUAACCUGGGGCUGCCUGACUUCUUUUAGCCUGGUCCCUUGCUACUACCUUGAACCAUUUGUCUAACCUCUCUCUUUCUGUUUUACUACUGCCACUUAACCCUGCUGCAGGAUUUGCCACCUUCCUGCCUGGUUGCUGAGACUCCAUUUUGCUGCCAUGCAUGGAGAUUGGAAGAGCAGGCUUGAAGGAGCAUGUGUUUCAGCCCACAUGGUCUCCAGUUGCCAACAUACAGUUUGAGCAGUAGGAAGCAACAUGGUUUAUAUUUCAGAAUACAUGUCAUGGAGUCUUAAUGGUGAAGUUUCCUUUUCCAUCAACAUCACCUUUAAUACCUUCAUUAUCAGCCCCCCAACCCCUUUACCCUUGCAUGUUUACUUAAGUUUUAGCUAUAGUAGUAUCUUUUAGGUAUUUUUAAGUGAUGACUAUGCUUUCAAGUUUCCACUGAUGAAUAAAGAACUAUCUAAUUCUUCUAGUAAAAUUAAGUAACAUAGCAUAUUUCUGUGAACUUACUAUACUGUGAAUGAAAGUCUCUGAAGUACAGACUUCAACUUUAAUAUUACUCUCAGUUCUAUCAAUUGGGCCUUUAAAACUCACACGAAGAGAACAAACCUAAUUGGCUGUUCAGUUGAGAACAACUUUAUCUUGUUUUCCUCAAUGGAAUCAGAAAGCUUGUCAAUCACUCGUGUGUGUUAGUUACUUUUUAAAUGGUGCAUUUGUGCUUCUGGACUAUUGUGAAGUGUCACUCCAGUUUACCUCAACCUCAAUUCCAUUCUUCAUACAUUUGAACUCAAAUUUUAAUUGAUCUUCAAGCUGCAGAAUGCUCAGAAAUGGGACAUUAUCUGCAGCCCUGACAUGUACACACGGACAUUUGCCACCACUACAAGCAAAAGUCUGGAGAAUUUGGCCAUCGUUGGAAGUCAGGACAACAUCCCUGACACUCUUUGGACUGUUUAUUAAAGCUUGUCAUUUAACUUUUCGGCAGUGUGUACCAUGUUCUAUUACUCUGUAUUCUAUCUUUAGUUGUUAGCUCUUAGGUAAGAUAAGUUAGCUGUUAAGAUAAGUAAACUUACUCUAUAGUACUGAAAUUUGAUUAAGUUUCCUUUCUCUCAUCUGAUUUGUUUCUGUUAAAUCUUUUUUGGCAUUUCUAACAAAAAUGCCUUCAUAAUAAAGGAAGAAGUUAGAAGUGGAGCAAAACACAAAAUGACAAAAUUAAUUAAUUGACCAUUGGAAAAAAAUAAUUAAAUCAAUAAGGAAAAUUGUCUAAGAGCUCCCAUUGCUAGUCAAGCCUGAAAAGAAAUUAGUGGAGGUCAUCAUGCUAGGAUAUUGAAGUGAAGAAAGUUGACAUACAUUUAUGAAGGGUCAGUUUAGUUUGAGCACAGAGGUAUCUGUUUUACUAAUUUGAUAAAAUCUUGUAAAGCAGUACAGUGAACUUGGAAGUGCACAAAAAUAAGAGGGGCUCCUCUUUCUAGUGCAGUCUGGAAGUUUGUUUUAAGUUUUGCAGGUAUCUCUUGGACUCCUGAGUUGACCUGACUGUCAUCCACCACAGACAUCUUACCUCAGUACAGUUCGAGGAUUGGCAACAGAGAAGACCCUACUGGAAAGGCCAGAGCGGUAAAGAAGGACCACCUGUGGAAGAAGAGACUCGAGGGAACCAUUCCGUGUUUUCAUCUAGAGUGAGAACACACACCUAAUGGGACUGAAAGUUCUUUGUUGCUUGAGAUUGCAGAACAGUAUUGAAUUGGUCUGUGGAACAUUGCAUUGUUUUUCUUUCUUUCUCUCUUAAGUUUUAAGUAAUCGGGGAUAUAUGUAAUCAUAAGCAUUUAGGCUGGGAGGGACUAUUAAUCAAUCUUAAGUGGGUGGGAUUACUUAGGAAGUUAGGACAAUAUUAUGUAUUAGAUAUCUCUAUAAGUGGACGCGUUUACUUACUGUAUCCUCUACCCUUUCCCUUCCCUUCCCUUUACACACCUCAAACUCAGAGGGAACUACAGGGAGAUCUAAAACUCUAGUGAAAGUUCAAAGGUGAUUGGAUUGAGAAUUUAAUAAAGGCCCUAGGUAUUAACUCCUAGGAUCAGAUUGUGAAAAAAUGUGUGGUCAUUAAAAAAAAGUGAUAAAUAAAAGCCCUGUCAGAACCCAUCUCUAACCCUACCUCACCCCCUCCCUAUCCCUACCUCCCUACCCUACCCUACCCUACCCUACCCCUCCUGAAA